AAUUUAAUAACAUUGUGAUGGGCUGAUAGACAAAUGGUUGAAAGUUCAUUAUCUUAGCGAAGAAAAGACAGUGGAAAUAAACGAAUUAUAAAAUACGUAGACUAACCAUUGUUUAUUUGAUUAAUAUUUAACUGCUUAUUGAGGAAUCAUUGAAUAUUACUUCUUUAUGAAUAAAUUAUGUAUUAACAAUGAUUUAUCAAUUAUUUAUUGAUCAAUCAACAUAUAUAUAUAUAUAUAUAUUCUAAUAUUGAGCUGUUUCAACUAUAGCGAAUCAGUUUACCGACAUGGAUUUGUAAAUUGUUGAGGGUUUACUAUUUAACCGAACUGGAUUAAUUUAUCUAUUUUAAUUGUAUUUAUAAUUCGUCCCUCAAUCUGGAAUUAUUUAUCAAACUAGAGAUAAAUCUAACAAUCCUCUAUAAUAAUGUUACCAAAGAAAAAGCGUUGGAUGGCGGCUGCACAUACGUCCUCCACAAAUCUAAUUUCCUCUUCUUCUACAGUGACUACCAUUUCAAAUAUUGGUUCAAAAAAGCUCUGCUGUGAUACACCUAUGCAAACAGUUGGGUCAGUUUCUAGAUCACUACCAAAUUCAGUAGCUUCUACUCAACUUCCGGUCAGAUCCUUAGCAACUGGGAAUUUACUAUCCACUGGAGAUCCAUAUAGUUUGUCUAUGCUCCAACAACAAUCUCUCACAAAUCGGUCAAUGUCUAAUAUGACUACCGAGUAUUUACACAGUGAUCAUAAAUCACAACUAGUGACAUCUAGACAAUCUAGUCAUCCUGUUAAGUCUGCUUUACCUGGACGUCGAAAUGAUGUGAAUUCAAACUUGAUGACAACAAUUUCUCACUAUCCUACGGAACUAUUGCAACAACAGCAACAACAACAACCUGGAUUACUUCUUCAGGUAUUGCCACAGGAAUAUCUAGCAAAUUAUGCUCAGAAUUUGGCUAAGCUUAAUGUUAAUAAAAAUUCUGGAGAUUUAGUGCAUCUUCCUUCUAAUGACUGUUCUAUUGGAUCUAAAAUAAGCAAGAUGGACACAUUAUCUUCUGUACAGAAUACUGGAUAUUCCCAAGGUUUAUUACAUCAACCUGAUACUCAGGGACGUCAGACCCAUAUAUCUACUCAUAAUAAUUCACCAAAUCUACCACUCAGGAUAAAAAGCCCAGAUAAUUCGAAGACUCAGAGGACAUCUCAGUCACUUAGCUCUAGUCCUAUGCUUAAUUCACCUGUGUUCCAAUAUCCAGCUCCUAACAACUCACAGAGAUUUUCUCCUCCUCCACACCCACCUCCUAGACGUUUAAGUGGUUCUAGCGAACAAACAAGACAUAAUAAACCUUUGACACAAAGCCAUCAAUUGCCGAGUGGAUUUGAUUUACCAACAAUAUCUGCUGUAGCUAGAGCAGCCAGUAUGUUAUCCCCUUCUCAACUUGAAGCUGCAGCUGUAUUACUUUCCCAGUGGGAUAAUGUUAACCAGUUAGCAUUAUUAGCUAAUAAUUCCUCGUAUAGAAAUCUAUGCAACAUUGUUGAUUCUUCUGGAAAUAAACAACCGGUCAAUUCAAGUCAUAGUUUUUCUCCACCGGUUUCUUCUGAACCAAAUCCUGUUACUAGUGGUGGUUACAUUGAAAAUCAUGUCCACAUCACAAAUAGAAACGGGACUGGAACCGACUGUAAAUCACGAAGAGUUAAUGAUUUGUCAUUGACCAAUACUAGGACAAUCCCAUCCGUUUCAACAGGGACAAUGUCUGAUAUAAGACAUCCUAGUAUGAAAAAUAGUCUUUCUUUACCAAGAUCAAUGGAUCAGUUGACAAAUCGUUUGAAUUCACGUUCUUCAACUCCUGGAAAUGAACCGAUGAACAAAUACGAUCAUAUGUGUUGUCCACCUUGGUCAAAAACUGAUCAAAGGACUUACCCAACAGAUUCUUCCCAUUCUUAUAAAUUACAACCUAGUCCAUAUGAUCAUACAGUUGAAUUAGCCGAUUCAAGACUGGCUAUACUACACGAUGCAAAAUUAGCAUCUUUAAGUGUAGAUUGGCCUUCUUGUACAAUGACUCAAAAUAUACCUAUGAGUAAAGCAAAUCGAAUUAGAUCUUCAAGUUCUUUCUCGUCACCAGUAUGCUUGGUAUCGACUUCUUUUUCCAAUAUAACUUCUGAAUCUUCAUUUUCUACAAACCAAUCACAUACCAAAGCAGCAACAACCAGUUCAUCCUCGUCGUUAUCAUCUGUUUCAUUUGUUACUUCUGAAUCUCUUGUUAGAAGUCCAACUUCCGGUCAUUGUAGUCCUAAUAUUCCUGUGAAUUUCAAUCCGAAAGGACCCACCCUACAGACUGAAUCGCCCAUUUCAUCUUGUCAGACAAUCAAAUCUUCAUCUCCAAAUGUCGGAAUAACUAGAAUUCUCAACUCUAGCCAGUCACAAUUCUCAGCGCUUUCUGGAGGAAAAUCUCCAACUAUUUAUUCUUUAUGUGGACAAUUUUUAUCUACGAAUACAAAUUCAACUAAUCAUAAUGAUACCAUUGAAUUGUCUAAUAACGUAGAAAGUAAUCGAAUUAGUAACUGCCUAGGAAAGCAAUCCAUGCUACCUGAACAAUAUAAACAACAUCCCUUAGUAGGUACACCAAGUGUAAUGCCAACUUUGUUGCCUCAACCUAAACAAGAGUAUACACGAACAAAGUUUUCUGUUGUUACUAAUAUAUCAGAUCAUCGAUCGCAAAACACUUCAAUGCCAUUGAAAAAACGACUUAUUCAACGUUAUGAAGCUGAUCGUGUAGAUAUGAAACCAUCGGAGUUAUCAACAUGUAACCUUGUUAAGACUGAACUACCUAUGGAUAAUUCUCAACCUCAUAAUAGAUCAACUAAUGCAGAUGAUUUAAAAAACAAUCAAUAUUCGCCUGAAAGCCGGAUCGCAAUGAAAGAUAAUAUAGAAAAAUUAGAUUGUCAAGAGAGAAAAUUUAAACGAAAAAAACGUACUAAAUAUGAAACAGAUGGAAUGUUAAGCCUAAACACAAAUAAAAAUAAGCCAUCUAAAAUCCGUACAAAAUCUUCAUUAAGUUCUUUAAGAAAAUCUAAUUCAAAAAGUACACGUCGAUUAAAACAUUCAUUGAAUGAUGAUGUAGAAUCGAAAUUGAGUAUGAAUGAACAAUUGUCAACGAUGAAAUUAGAAUUCGAUGAUAUCACUAAUGACGAUGAAGAUGAUGAUGUCAUUGUUAAUGAUAAUAAUGAUAAGGAAGUAAGAGAAGAGCAAGAGGAGAACAAUGAUGAUGAUAAUGAGGUCGAUGAUGAAAGAAUUAAACCGACAGUUAGAAGACGACGUUCAAGAAAGCAUAGCUCAAGUGCAAACAGUACAUCAAGUUUAUCACAUACAUCAUUAUGUAGUGAUUUAAUUAAAGGUAAUGUAAAAAAACGUAUAGCUGCUGUUAAUGGUAAUCUUAUGAUGAUGGUUACGGCACACGCUCAAAGAAGCACUAGUUCAGGUAGUAAUAACAGUAAUAGUAGUAGUUCUUCUAGUUUACAAAGUGUUGACGGUGAAGUCAGUGAUGAUGAUAAUGAUGUAUGUUUGAAUUCUUCAUCAAACUCAUCUGUUAAUACUACGCGUUCAAAAUGUUCCACUGAUCGUCACUUAUCUUAUUCAAGACUACAAUCAUAUAAAUCUACUUUAAAAUAUUUAACAAUAAAUUCUAAUACCAUCACUAAUAAUAAUAGUCAAUCAUUAAACUCAAGUGAUGGAUCACCUUGUAUUACACAUUCAUCCAUGGAUAGUGCACAAAGUGUCUAUGGUGUUGGUAAUGGUGAUGAUUUAAGAAAACCGAAGAGAACAGCUACUUUAACAGUAUCAUCUGGUAGUACAGCUGGACCGACAAUUAUAACAGCAAAAAAGCCUCGUCUGUCAUCUGCAUCAUCAUUAACAACCACGAAGACAACGAUAAUGACAACAGCAGGAAAACCAAUAAAAACGUCAUCGAAACAACAUCGACGUGGUGAUAACGGCAAGUCAAGAACUACCGUUCAUGAAGAGGACGGUAAUGAUUCAACAGUAUGUAUGAAAUUUAAGACAGAUUUAUUAGAUCAAGAUGGUUGUACAUUGAUGUAUGAAAAUUCUACGCCAGAUGAAUUGUCAGCUGCUUUAGCUGAAGAAAAUUUGCAAGUUGAAGAACUGGUUGAACAACUUCCUGGACCACCUGAUUGUAAGUGAUUGUAAAUCACUAAAGUAUAUGAUAUUUAUCUAUCUACGUUGUUUUUUAUUGUACUAUUUUAAACUAAUGUUUCAUGAUUUAUUUCAUUCAUUUUAAAUAGAGAUAUGUAGGAAGCUGUCACUUCGUGACUGCUUACACUGUGGAAUGAUACUUUUUCUUAAGCGACUUAAAAAGGAAACCGAGUUGGUAGUUGUCUUGUCAACCUUGGUGUUUGAAUGCAAGGUCUAAGAGAUAAUUACUUGAGACAAGUUACACGCAGUUUUUUUGUGAGUAGUAUUUGGUCUGAUUCCUUCGUAUUUUUAUUACCUUGUGAUUGGUGAUGGGAAUCUGUUGGGCUGUGGAAUGGAGGCUUAGUGGUUAAAGUGUUAGACCUUCAACCGCUAGGUCCAGGAUAAGAACUCCGCUUCACCUAUUACGGCUUUGGCAACCGGGUAGUAUCUUUAGCGCCAACACUUGGAAUUUGGCUCAUAUCCACAUAUUCAAUGAAUUAUUACUGUCAAUUAUGUUAAUCUCUUUCUUCCGUUGUGGGAAGGAAGUAUCACUACACAUGUCGGUUGUAUGGGGUAAAUGCCACAGUCAGGAGUACGACUUCAGCCUAGGACCUUAAGUUUCUGCUGUCAGCUUCACUGCUCUCCAUCUAACCCGCUUGGUAUGACACUUAACAAGUUUGGUAGCUAAUGCAGCUUGCUCAAUUAAGUCAUCACGAUGUAUAAGCCCGAUAACUACAUCCUAAGCAGCUACAAUUUUGAUUAGCUUAAACUAUUUGAACCCGUUAAAUGCACAUACGAAUCUGUGAACUCGUUUCUGAGUCAUACUUAUACUAUGAGAGGUUUUCAAAUCGAUGUAGAUGGGCAAUGACUUUAGAGGCGUAGACAUAAUAUAGAAAAGUUUGGCAGUCAUCAAGGAACUGUUCUGUUUGUAAAUAAUUUAAAAUUUUUAUUUUUCGUUUCUGUAAUUUCUUGAAAUUUAGUUCUAUUUUAUACUUUUGAAUUUAAACAGUAGGGAUAAUAUUUUUAAUCCGUCAAAAUGGCAAUUAUAGAUUAUGAGCUUAAUAUAUUUCCCCUAUACUUCACUAAUAAUUAGCAAAGUGACUGAUGUCAAAUCAAGGAGAGUUGACAACCAUAAAUAAAUAAAUAUUUCCUUAAUCGUAUCCUGAAAUUCAGUAACAUCGAUCAUAUAUUAUUUUACGUGGUAUAGAACCUAGAACUCUUACAUCUUUCAAAUUUUACAGCGUACAUUUUCGACUUGAAACAGUUCAUGAGUUUUUUGUGACUUUGAGCUAGUGUUAUCUCUCAGUUAUUGUGCCAGUUUCUUGACUCAGUAUUUCACAAGUUAUGGGUCCUCUUAUAAGUAUUUCUGUCGAUUCAUUUUUUAUUGGAUAAUUAUGAUUAUUGUAUAGUCUGGUGGAAAUGUGAGUUGGCUCGAAUCACUAACUAUAUAUUAACACAAUAAGAUGAAAUUAAUAAAAUCAAUAGAGAAAGAGGUCGAAAUGGUGUAGUAACUAGUGAUAACUAGAAAAAUAAAACAGAAUAUGAUUCGAAAAGACGGAGUGGACAAGUAUGUAUGAAGGAAUACUUGGAUUGAAGAUGUAGAGUGAGAUUAAGAACGAAUGAAUCUACGUCACUGCCACAUUCUGAUCCAUGUCAUCCAUAUUUCCAACCAUAGGUCACAAUAUUCACUUUGAUCCCAACCACUCCGUUUGUAUCUACAUCAACAUGGCUCAGAUCAACAGUCAGUUCAUGAAGUGUUGUCACGUCUUGGUAAGACCUCUACUAGAUUCCUUUCAACUUACUAUUACACCAGCUCACAGUGCCUGUUGAGGUAGACGAUAUUUUGGCAUACGUAGCAAAUGUCCCAACCACCUCGGUGAAUGAAGAUAUGCAACCUUAUUAACUGAUUUUGAAGUGAAUAGUAUGUCAUAAUUGUAGCUGUUAUUCGUUUUCACCGUUUAUUUCUUUCUUUCUUUCAGUUUCUUCCUUAAAGGUAUAACAAAUUUAUGCAAUAGCAUUUAUGACUAAUCUAUUGAUAUUGUUUCUUUUUUCCUCAAAGUGAAUCGAACAGCCAAUAAAUCACUACACUCUUCACAUUCAUUAAAUUUUUAUAAGCGAAGUCAACGUGUUUUCGUUCAACUUAUAAAUUGUAAUGAUCCAGGAUUGAAACAAGUUCCGAAAUGUCGUGCUUGUCGUCAAACUAAAUUUUCCUGCCAUAAUUCACCUUUAAUUCAUACAAACGGACAAAUCGAUUCAGAUGAUGAUGAUGAUGUUGAUGAAGAGAAUCCGAAACUUAUAAUCAGUGAUGUCCCUAGUCCAACCAAUAAUCAAAAUUUUUCGAAUGGAUUGACUAAAGAUAUUCAAUUUAAAAAACCACCUGGUCGAAGAACUACUUUGGCUAAAAAUACCCGUAAAGAAAGUAUCACUGAUAAAUCGAAAAAUAAACGAAAUGCUACACAUCCAUCAAUGUCAGUAUUCUGUCGUUUUUGGGGAUUUAGAAAAUUAUGUUAUAAUAAUAGAGGUGUAUUGAAAAUAGCUGAUUUUUGUCGAUCCACUGAAUCCGAUGCUUUAGAACGUUCAUUAUGGGAAAUGUAUCAUCCAGUUUCACCAUUUUUAAGCACAUGCGCUGCUAAAUACAUUUUGGAAUGUGCUGGUGGCUUAUUCUGUCGUCUUCUUCAUCAAGAAUUAACAAGUUUGAAUAAUAAUCAUGCUCAUCAAAGUCAAAAUGAAAAAAUCAACUCAUUAACUGGUAAAAACAGAAUUAGUGGUCAUACAAUGGAAUCAAAUAACAAAAAUGAUGGCAUUAUUAAUUCAGUUGCAUGGAAAAGGCCAGUAAAAGGUGUACGUGAAAUGUGUGAUGUCUGUGAAACAACAAUGUUCAAUACACACUGGGUUUGUGGUAAAUGUGGUUAUUCAGUGUGUACAGAUUGUUUGAACGAAUCGAAACCAUUCAAUUCUGUAAGUGACAGCAAUUCGGAUACACGUGAUCAUGUGAAAUUCAAUGAAAAUAGUACAGUGGAAAAAAAAGGCAAAUUAAAAUACUUAAGAGGCCGUGGUUGCCCAUAUGGUUGGGCAUCGUGUACUACUACACGUCAACCGCAUGAUCCAAACAAGCUGUUAUUAACUUCUCUGUUACCGUCUGGUAUUAUUGGUCGAUUACUUCAUCGAUUGCAUCGCAUAGCGAACUAUUAUAAAAUUAAUUUAGGCUGUAAUUGCUCUCCUUCUUCAACAGUGGGUAAUAAUGCAACAGAUUCAUCAAAUGAUACAUUAUUAUUCAUGAAACCAAUGAAAUCAUUGAAUAAUCGUGAAUGUUUAGAUCGUAAUUCUCUUGAUUUACUAGCUGAUAUUGCUUUGAAAACUGAUAUGGGGAACACUGGACCACUUACUGCUGGUAAUAGUAAUAACAGUAGUAACGGUAUUGUAGAUAAUGUUGUUGUGGAAACAGAAUUUAAUGCUUCACGUAAUAAUCCUUCUUCUAUAACAACAGAUAAUGGGAUCAGUUUAUCAGACAAUAACAUUAAUAACGAACGUAUGAUGAUAAUGAUGGAUUUUCUAUCUCAUAGUUGGAUUCAUUCCAAACGAAGGCACAUUAAUCAAAGGUCCUGUUGUCAAAAAAUGAAUGAUUCAACUAACAUCACUAAUACAAGUACUAUCACUGUUAAACAUAAAACGAAGCAUAAUGAUAAUCAUGGAUUUGAUUUUCACAGAGAAUCAAAUUUGAAAAUUUAUCAACCUUCAGAAAUAAUCAAUCGUCAUCAUCAUCACAAUCCCGUUUUCUUACGUUUACAUUGUCCUGAUUCCAUUGGAAAUUUAUUGGCGUUCCAAGUGAGUAUUGUUUUCGUGCAAAUAUAUGUUGACAGUGAUUAAUAACUGUAUUCAUUUUUUGAUGUUCAAUCGUUUCUUAGGGAAAAACAUUAGAAUUAUUUUCUUGUUUUAAUUGAGCUGCAUUGCAGUUUACUGAAAAAGAUGCGAUCAAAUAUAUGGUUAGCGGUUGAAUCUCUUGUAACUCAAAAGUAUUUAAGUCAGUAGUGGCCUUACAGACGAUUUUUAUCACACAAUGUAUGUACAUAUAUGUUAGAUAAGUUAUUUUAUGAUAAAUAUAUUUUAUCAUUCAAAUCACUAACUGAUCAUAGCUAGACCACCUGGAGGGUCGUUUCAUCCUAGCGUGGUAUUCCUUAGUAGCGCGAAUCUAUGACUUCACACCCGAGAACUGAUCUGAAUAUCUCUGGUUUCAUGCGCAAACACUCAACCACUGAGUUAGCAUCCGACGGUGUUAAUGAGUAACUUUAAUCAACAUACGAUAUUACGCAACUCACAUCUAGCUAAGAUCAAUUCGUGGUUUAAUCUAUGAGAAUUUCGAAAUCUCCAGAAACUCCCCUAUAUUAAUAAUGAUAAUGUGUUCGCUGGUGACCAACUUUAAUAUAAAACUCUUGGAGUUUUAGCGAGAAGGCAUGACGAAUGUAAUUCAACCAUGUCAUGUGUGAAACAGUUGUUCACCAUAGGGAACGAAUUAGGGUUUCCCAGUAUCGUAAACUGAUUGAAUUUAGACUGUAAACCAUUGGACCCUUGCUCAGUGGUCCAGAGGUUAAACGUUUGAGCGCGAGAUCGAAGAUCUUGGGUCCAGUUUCUGGAUGUUUGGUUUGUGCGCUGCUGAGGAGUCUUAUACUAGGAUGAAACAGUUGCCUAUUGUUUCCAGGUUUUCAGUGGUGUUUUAGUUAUGUUUUAUUCGCAAUUUAAACUAUGAAAAUACUUUUAUCCACAAAAAUCUCCCCAUUUUAAUUUUUAUGUUCUGUAUCUUUUUCCGUCUAAUUUAAGACUAAAACUGGACGUAAACCUAUUUUUGAGAUUGUCUAGCUUCCAAGUAUUCAUUGUUUAGUGAUUAUGUUAUGAGAUUCUCAUUAAAAAGGCUAGUCGGUAACUAACGUGAUUAUAAUAGAAAGUAUUAGUAAAUUGAAACCAAUUUACAAAAUACAAACAACCGAACGGUUCCUAAAGCAGACUAUUUUUAGUUUGUGUUACAUUGAUUAAACCGUAGUCAAAUAUCAAAUUUAGUAACUUAAGCAUAUAGUCUAUGUGCUAAGAUGAAACAAUUAUAUUUCCUCGUCGGUACGUUCUUAAUCUUUCUUCCUCUCUCAAUGAUUCUCCAACCAGCUGACGAGAAAACUAUCUCCUAACUGUACAAAUCUUAGCAGAUACCAAAGCCGAAUACUUAUGGACUUAAUAUUUAGCCUGUAUUGAGUAACGCUGAUUAGCCAACAAAUUUCUGUGAACAAAACCUAUAAUCCGUUGGCUGCUAUUUAGAAUUAAACUUGUUCUAUUGAAAUCGAAUUCGCCUCGAUGUUAAUCAGAACAACUUCUUCAUGAUUUAUUGUCACCUUAAUAAAUGCAUGGAGUGUCUGUUAUCUGCUCAACUAAUUCUUUGCAAUGAAAAUACAUAUUGUUUAAUUUCAUCUUAUAUUAUUAUAUACAAAUAUCUGUACACGGAAAAUAUGUAGAUGAACAAAAUAAAUAAUAAACACACAUACAUAGAUACAUACCUAAAUGCAUACACAUUCAUGAAUGCAUAGAUAUAUAUAAUUUGGCAAACAGUCAUUGCGAAUCAGCUGAUGUAAUUAUUAUGUCUAUUACCAAUAGUGUUAUAAAUGAAUCUUGAUAUGAUAGAUAUCUACAUGUGUAUACAUACAUGGCAGACCUGUUAAUCUUUUUCAUCAAUGCAGUACAAUAAUAUACCUUGGAUAUCGAUCGAUUAAUCAGUAAACUGAUUCAACAUUAUCAUUAUAUGUUUCUUCCCCAGGGGUUACUACUUUAAUUUAUUUAAGCUGGAAGAAUGUGAAGUUUCUGAGGUGAAAUAGUAGUAAAUAAUGGUGAUAAUAAUGAUAAUGAUUUUAGACGUAAAGUAACUUAUUACGGCUAUUGUCGAUAUCUCUAGCUGCUUCUUCUCGUGGCGACGAUUAUGUUGAUGAUGUUUAAGACAAUAGAACCUUGCAAUACUUAUGAAUUUUUGUAGGAAUUUGUUAAUAAAUCGAUAUAUUUUCAUUAAGGGGUGCUUUUUCUUACUCAUGGAGUACUGAAUAUCAGUUUCGGAUUGUUUUGAAACGUUCUGUUGGAUAGAACAAGGGACUAUAGACUAUAGAAUCUUGGAUUAAGCGAGGUGACUAUAAUCCACAAGUACACAUUUGUGGAUAUUCGUUCAAGUGUGUUCAUUCUCCAUUGGCUUAUCAUGAAAAAUAAUAGAUUUCAACUGAGGAUGAGAACCCAAUUAGUUCACUGGGAAGUCAUUUACACCGGUGAUCCGAUGGUAACUUGAUCAAUAGAUUUCAAUCUGAGCUAAGGAUUAUAAAAACAUGCCAUGUAUUCAGUGUGCUUAAUCCAACUACCGCUUACCUCGAUGUGCGGUGUUUGCCAGUGCAUAUCGUGAAAUAGCUAGCUGUGGCCAAACCAAGACAUGGGUUUGUCUUAUGAAGUCAUCGGCUAUUGGCUUGAACCCUAUACUUGGGUUUAGUCUACCUGGUUGGGUUUUGAGCUAUUAUUGUAUUCAAUAGUUGCAGAUAUUGAAUGAUACGGUCCACAGUGGCGCAGAUGCAUUCACUUUGUCUUUUACUUGUUAUUCAGUAAUUUCAUUUUUUCUUCACGAGUACUAUUGUCUGUGGAUGACCUUUCCUAUUACCAAUAAUACUUUUACUAUUUCUAAUGCUCUGGCAUUUGUCUUGAUAAUUUGCUAUGCUAAUGGUGUGUCAAUUUGAACCCAAUACACAUAAAUGUACCAAGCUCUACAUUGCUUAUAUCUGACAAAACCGACUUGCUACCACUCAAUGAAUUAUCGAUAUGACCAUAAAUAUUCACUGCUACAAGUAUUUGCUAUGUACGUAAAAAGAAAAGAAACCCUUUUUUAUGCUGUAAUAUCUAAAAAGAAUUAAAAUACUUUAUCGAUUUUAUUACUUCUGAGCUAUUACGAUUGUUGCUGUAGUUUUCGCCAAAGAAAAAAAUAUGACUGAAAUCAAAACACAGUGAGCAUUCGCCUGUAUUGUUUAUUUCUUUUUGAAAAGAAAACAAACAACAUAGUUCAUACCAUCACAACAAUUUCAAUUUGCAUUCUCUCAUUUUCUCAUUCAUGCAUGUCUUUUAUUAAAUUAAAUUAAUCAACUUACAAUGUUUUGGUUAAAUUAACAACAAAUUUUGCGUAAUCAACUGUGUCCAUUUGAUGUGCAUUAUAUCUUAUGUAUAUACCUGAGUAUAAAUCAAUGCGAUUAGUUGUCUUUUGAAAUCAUCAUAAUUGGUCUAAACACGUUAAAGAAUAGGGAGGAAACGGUCUCGUUUUUGGUCUGUACAUGAGAUGACCAUAAAUGAGGUAAUCCUAUCUGUUCCUUUUUUGGUCGAGUUAACAUUUUGAUAAUUUUUCUUCAGACCACGAACCGAUCAGUGUAAAACCACCAUUGAAAACCUAGAAGCACUGGAUGACGCCCCAGCAGAACGCAUUCACGACCCCGAAUGCAGGGCUCAAACCCAUAACAUUCAGUCUUGUGAGCGAACUCAACCUCUAAACCACUGAUCCGGCAUUCGACGGUGUUAAUGUUUAACUUCACGUAAUAUCGGGGACUGGUUGAAGCAGCCUGAUCAUAGAUGUGCACUGCUAAGUAGUCCCAUACUAGGACAAAACGGCCGCCCAGUGCUUCCAUGUUUCCAGUGGUGGUCUGACAUUGAUCGGUUCAUGAUUUCAAUAUAAGCUCAACAGUCUCCACAACCUCUUUGCUGAUCAUCGUGAUAAUUUUUGACAAUAAUUAUUUAAUGUGGUUGUCUGUAGAAGAAGUUUGAAAAAUGGUUUGUUAGGUAGUUAUAGAUAAUGUAAAUUCUAGCACAAGUGUAUAUUUCGGUUCAAUUUACCAAAACGUCCCUUCUCAGAAAUGCAAGAGAAGGGAUUCAAUGAAAUGAAGUACAAAAAAUUAAAAAGUGGCCUAUAAUGAAUUUUAGUGGAAACUUCGAAACGAAGAUAGUUGGUCAGAAGUCAGACAAAUGAACCACUGAUCCGAAAUUCACGCUUUCGCCAUGAGAUCUGAAGGCCUUUGGAUCGGUCUUCGAUGGAGUCAUGGAUGUACACUUCUGAAAAUUCUAAUAGUAGGGCGAAACAACUGUCAGUGUUUUGUAGUUUUUACUGGUUAACCAACUGAAGCCGGUUCGUGACAUCAACAACAAUUGCAAAAUAAAGAGCAUGAAAUAAUUUUUAAAUUCUAGAUGUAGAUGAAGAUUAAAAAAACGAACUGAACACAUGAAUCACUGGCAACGAUUUGCAGUCAUAUUAUUUAUGCUUCCGAUCAUAAACUAUAUUUUUACGUACAUCCUAACCAAGAAGAUCAGUUCUCUCUAACUCAGCCCAUAUUUGGAGUACUGCUUGAGUAUGAGGGCGGUUGUUACUUCGUGUUAGCCCAUAUAGUUGAAGAGUAAUUAUUGAAGGAUCUAAAAAGAAACCUGAUCUUGUGCUGUAACUACUGGACUCAAUAGGUAACUGCUUGAGGCUUAUCACACACAGACUUUAUAUGAAUAGUUUUUGGUGUGUUACCUCCACAAUUUCAAGAGCUUGUCACUAGCGAGGAAAAUCCGUGGGAUACGGUGAGGUGUUCUGGGAUCAACUUUUUACAUCUUCUUACUUCCGAUGUGAGAAGGCAGUUUCACUAUAACUGCUGGUUGUAUAGGUGAAAGGUUCCUUUAUCGUCACAAUCUAUUACAGUCGGGGGCUCAGCUUCACCCUUGGACUUUAGGUUUUUUGCUUUAAGACCGAUAGUAAAUGGCUCGGAUUGAUGUCAUAUUUUGGCGAUAGUGUAGAUCGGUAGACUAGAAUUCAUGUCACCGUAUGUUAUUGUUCUAUUCAUUGCGUAUUAUCGUUUAUUGAUGUUUAUUUAGAUUCUUUUUCAAAAGUUCGGAACCUGUAUUAAUUAUAUUUACCAUUUAUUUUUUCUAUGUAGCUGGUAGGUCAAAUUUACAAUGUAUCAAUAAGGAAAUUGCAUAAUUGUGAAAUAUGUUUAUACUGUGUAAUAUUGGUUUAAUUUUCAAAAUGGGUCAAUUGUAUUUUCUAAAAUGUAUAAAGAACGGCUAAUCCAUCAAUUUAUUUGUUAAUCAAAAUAUUUUGAAAUAAUGUAGAAGUUUCGUAGGUAAAAUGGAUGCUUUUGGUAGUACUUUGUUCUUUGAAGUACACGGUUUAACUGGGAAGCUUUCAUUAUCAUUCUGGACAACUUUAUCAGCUUCUAAUUCAUGUAGUUGUAUAGGCUGAUGAUUUCUGUUUAGAGACGCAGUGAAAAGUUCACAAUUAAAUUAUCAGCCUUAUAAAACACAGUACCACUUAAUAGUUAACAUGUCUUAUCACAAAAUGGUAUAAAAUACAAUUUACUUUUAAAAACUAGAAACUAAUCAUAUUGAUCAAAUGAAUAGUGUUGAUAGUUUGAAGCUUUGUCUGUUUUUUCUUCAAUGUAAAGGUAAAUAACUGAAAUAUCACCUACACCAAUAUACACAAACACACACACACACACGUAUACAUCAAUCCCAGAUGUUUAAACGCUUACGAUGAAUGUAAUAUUCAUUCCCAAUUGUUGUUCAUAGGCGACAUUUUUAUCUAUUUGACCAUUGUCGCCGACCUCACUUGUAUAGGUAGCGUUCAUGCAACAAUAUGUAAAGUAUGUUGUGUGAUAUUUUUAAAAACUGUGUUAUCAAGCUUUGAUGUCAAUUUGACAAGACAAUUUUGUUUUUCGUUUUGUGGAAAGUUACUCCUCGUUGAUAUACUUCUUCGUUUUGUCUAUUAUAUCUUUUUUAAUACAUAUUACUUUGUAUGGAUUACACAUUACUUGCCUUAUAUUGUGUUUACAUAUGUGACUAAAAUAUUUUGUUUUUUUCGUAUCAUUUCGUUUUUCAUGUUCUCAAAUCUCUGUCUUCUAGUCCGAAUGGAGACGUAAUCAUCCGCUUGUUAUAUCUGGAUGUCAACGUAAAUUUACCCAAGAAUUAUGGACUCCACAAAGUUUUUCAAAUGAUUUUGGUGAUAUGAAAACUACAUUAAUUGAUUGUGCCACGGGUGCUGAAAUAACACGUUAUACGUUAAAGUCAUUUUGGGAUGGUUUCGAAAAACGUGAACGUAAGUGUUUGUUUGUUUGUUUAUGUGUGUGAGUGUGUAUUGUUAAAAAGUGUUUUAAUGUAAAACAAGAAUACUGGUUUACUUAUACAUAGUGCUUUAAAGAUCAAUAAAUGAAAACUAUGUCCAUAUCCAUCUCUUUCUGACUGCUUUUCAUGUAUGUAGUUAUCGUAGGCAUAUUGAAUGAUCAUUGAAUAAUGCCAAAUAUCCUGUUUGUUUGGUCCUCUAAUGUUGCUGAUCAAAUUCUAUCGAUCAAGUUGCAAUGCGGUUACCAGUCUAAGUGACUCAACACUGCGUAAAAUAGUUGAGAUGUCACAUAGUUGGCGAUAGUCGAUAAGAAACCCUUUUUGACCUAGGUUUUGUGCCCAAUAAUACUCGUUAUUGAGGCGUACGUGGAACUUUGAGAACACUGACGCUUCCUGUUGGAUUCGAAAUGACGUCAACCAGCUUUGAAGUCCGUCACUUUACCACUGAGCUAUUCAGGCCGGAUUUAUAUGACUACAUUCCACUUACCAAUACUGAAUUAAAUCAGUAGGAAUAAGGUAUUAAUUGUUUCUUCUCUUAGCCUUCUAUACUGUUUAUUGACUUUAUUUGUCUAUCUCUAUAAGUUGAUAUUGAAUACUGAAUUAAAAAGGUGUAAAAAUACCAAUUAACCAACUUGUGAUGAAUGCUACUGAUAUCGAUAGAUAUAAGUAGUAUGUAUCACCAAUCGGUAGUGAAAUGCCUGGCGGCAGAAGGUUAAGAAAAUAGAAAAGAGAACAUGAACAGAGAAUGAUUGGUGUGAAAACGAAGGGACAAUGAAGUCUGAGACUAUUGAUUGACAUUUUGCAAAUGAAGUAUUUACUAUAUUGAAUUAAUUUUUCUGGUUAGCGUUUUUUUAGCGAGUUGGUUUUCUACGGGAUGGGGUUGCUAACCCCAUGCCCAACCCUCCUCCUUUACCCGGGCUUGGGGCCGGCAGUAACUCUAGAAGAGCUACAGGUGGAGUUAUUUACUAUUUGGUUCUUAGAUUUUACUAAGACGUUCUGUAAUUUCAUAUUCAAAUACAUUUGGUUGUCCCCACUUGUGUUCUCAUUCACUACAAACUAACUAACUAUCUCUUCCAUUUCACGAUACAAUCAUGCCUAAUCGAUUCAAUCUUUAACAUAAAAUUCAAUUUAUAAUUAUGUCGUUUCUUUUAUUUCUAAGAGUAUUAAUCAAUAAAGAUUUGUUUUCUUUUAUUCUCCAGUCUGUUGUUAUGUUUGAGGAGAAAACAGACAGAUAGACAAAGAUACAUAGUUAAAUAAUAACAGAUCAUUGAGAGAAGAUAGAUUGUUAGAUUGAUACAUGAUAGAUAAACACACAGAAAAUGCAGUAUGGAGAAAAUCCUAUUAACAUAUAUACUGAGAAAAUUAUUGAGACGAAUUUAUUUUUAAAGAGUAGAGGAUAAAUUAAUUUAGGAUUCACAUAUUUGGAUUGCAGGUGUACUGUACUUAAGAGUUUCCAGUUAUGACGCAACAGAUUUAAACAGUGCUCACUGUCAAUACAGUGGUGGAAUGGCCAAGGGUUAUGACAUUCAAAUUUCCAGUCUCUCCUAAUUCAGUUUAAACAUCCGGGAAGUAUCACUUACCCUCACAUAUAAGUUGCUAUUUCUCACUAGCUAAUGAUUACAUGAAAAAUUAUUUCGAGAAUCUGAAUUUAUCCGCAUCUAUCUGACAUGAACAUUCCACUGUGACACAGCACAACACCCACCAUUGAAAACAGGAAAAUCCAGUGAGAUUUACAACUUCAGAACCAAUCUCCCACUUCUACCUACUCCGGUUCAAUCAUUCGUGAAUAGUAACAUUAGUAUCCACUGUAAAAAUGAAGUGUAGCUCAUAGCUAAAGAAAUAGGUUUAUACUUCAUGAAAGUAAAUGAAAAUUCCC